AUGGAAGGCGAUAUUGCUGGAAAUGAUACUGAAAUUGAUUUAUAUGCCGAUGUUGUGGAAAACGAUCUAGAGCAAGAACCAGGUGAAGAAUAUGGACAGGAGGAUCUUCAGCAGCAAGAUGGAGAUUUAUAUGAUGCAGUUAUCACAGCGCAGCCAUCAGGGGUUGAUUUUAAUGACAUAACAAAUACACCAAAUCGUAUCAAUAAAACACCAAUUGAUAUGCCAGCUGGUGCACCUAGUAGUUACACUGGAAAACGAGUUUCGUUAUAUGUUGGUCAACUCACUUGGUGGACAACAGAUCAAGAUUUAAGCGAUAUAAUUCAAUUACUCGGAAUCAAUGAUCUACUUGAAAUCAAAUUUCAUGAAAAUCGUGUUAAUGGUCAAUCGAAAGGCUUUGCAGUGGUGACAGUUGGCUCUGAAAAUUCAUCUCGGAUUAUUGGAGAGAAAUUACCGAAAAAAGAUAUACAUGGUCAAAAUCCAACAGUUUUACCAUGCAAUAAACAAUCAUUAAGUUUUUUCGAGGGACAAAACCAUAAAGACCAACCAAUAGAAGGACUGUCUUCAAUGACUCCGCCUCAGUUUUUAGUUCGACCACCUAUGAUACGACCACCAAUUCACGGUUUACCAUUGCCCAUGCCGAGACCGAUGGGAGAACCAUAUCGUUUUCAUCCUCAAGGACCACCCAUGGGAGUCGGUCUACCUCCUCAACCCGGUUUAAGACCACCAAUGCAGCUUCCUCAUCAAGUACGCCCACCACAACAAAUGCUUGUUGGAAGACAAGGCAUGCCUAUUCCAAAUCCACAACAGGGUGGUGCUCCGCCGACUCAUCAACAAGUAGUCAUUAUGCAACAGCAACAAGCUCAACAACAGCAGCAACAACAACAACAACAACAGCAAAUACAAAGACCGGGCUUACCGUCUACAGAACAAGGAGCAAACGGACCACCUUUACCCGUUCCAAGACCUCAGCUGCAAGCUGCUCUUCGUCCUCAGGGUAUACCCAUGCCACAACAAUCAGAACGAACUCAACGCGAAUGGGAUGGUAGACCUCAACCAGGUGUACCUGUUCCGUCCAAUUCAAUGACCGGUAUAUCUCAUCAUCCACAGGGUUAUUACCCUGGUCAAAAUCCAGCUGUAGGAGCGCCUUUACAUCACUCACUACCUCAUCCAGGUCAACCUCAUGUGCAUGACCCGUACUAUCGAGCAGUGGCUGCCGCAGCUGAACGUCAUGAUCCAAAUAUGCCUGGUAUUAGUAUCAGUGAAACAGAAUUUCAAGAAAUAAUGGAACGAAACAAAACCGUGUCAAGUAGUGCAAUAGCUCGUGCUGUUCAAGAUGCUUCAGCGGGUGAGUUUGGCACAGCAAUAGAAACAUUGGUGACAGCUGUAUCAUUGAUUAAACAAUCGAAAAUUGCCAAUGAUGAUCGCUGUAAAAUUUUAAUUAGUUCAUUACAAGAUACAUUAAAAGGAAUUGAAGAUAAAUCAUAUGGACAAAGGGCACGACAUAGAAGUCGUUCACACGAUUCACCACGUGAAUCAUCAAGAAAAAAACAUCGUCAUCGAACACGUAGUCCAAGAGAUCGAGAAUAUCGACGAGAAGACUAUGAUGCAAAAUAUAGUCGUGAACAUAGAAGAAGAUGA